AUGACCAACAUGAAAGGCAUCAAGCGGGUCUCUCCGCACCAUGUCCGGCUCUGCGCCCCCGAACCCCGCGGGACCCCCGAACCCCCCGAACCCUGCGGGGACCCCCUGGCCGCCCCCCCCUACCCGCACCGCCUGCGGGCCCUGGCGCGCUCCUGGCUGGACGAGGACGCGCCCUGGCCCGACCCCACCGUGGCGCCGCUGGGGAACGCCGAGAUCCGCGCCCACAUCCUCGUCAAAAACCCCGAAACCCCCGCAUUUAACCCCAAAACCGCCGGAUUUAACCCCGAAACCGCCCUGAUUGUGUGGGCGCGCCGGGCCGGGGGCUUCACGCGGAAAUUGGGCGUGGAGUGCGCGAGCGCCGAGCAGGCGCUGGAGGCGGCCAAGGCCGGGGCCGAUGUCGUCCUGCUCGACAACCUGAGCCCAGAGGAGCUGCACGCGGUGGCCGCGCGCGUCAAGGCCGCGCAGCCGCGGGUGCUGGUGGAGGCCAGCGGGGGCAUCGGCCUGGAGAGCCGCAGCUUCCUGGGGCCCCACGUGGACGUCGUGUCCAUGGGGUGCCUGACCCACAGCGCCCCCGCGCUCGACUUCGCCCUCAAGGUGGUGGGGAUGGGGAGUGGAAGUGAGGAAAAGUGAAAAUCCGACGUGGAAACCCCAAAAUUUCACCCAGAAACCCCAAAAUCCAGUGUAAAAUCUCAAAAAUCCAGCCUGGAAACCCCAAAAUCCAACCCGAAACCCUGGAGAUCCGUCCUGGAACCAAUAAUGUCCAACGUUGGACCUGUCAAACCUGGAACCCCAAAAUCCAACCUGGAACCCCAAAAUCCAUCCUGGAAACCUCGAAAUCGAACCCGAAACCCUGAAAUUUGGGAACCCCAAAAUGGAACCGGGGAACCCCAAAAAUCCAUCCCAGGAAUGCCCAAAUUCCAACCUGGAACCAAUAAAAUCCAACGUGAAACAUAGAGACACCUGGAACCCUGAAAUCCGUCCCAGGAACC